AUGACGUGUUCUGAGUUGCCACAAUGGUUGCAGACAGCCACGAAGAAGCGAACAACACGGGACAAUGCCAUUCAGAGAUUCACCAAUGCUCAGGCAACGCCAACCGAGCAACCCCACGGAAACCACGAACCCCGAAGCGAUCAAACAUUGACGGCCAUCGAUGAUGCCCAAAUCGUUCCAAAGGCCAUUCUGUCGCGUGCUGUGACGGCAUCGCAGCUGCUUUCUGCCUACAUCAACCGCCUUACCGAGAUUCUCUUCGACGAUGCGAUUCAGCAGGCGAAAGCACUGGACAGCUACUUUGGCGAAACUGGUCAGCUUCUGGGACCCCUCCACGGGGUACCCAUGACGCUCAAGGACCAGUUUGAUGUCAAGGGCUACGACAGCACUCUAGGCUAUGUUGGGCGCGCUUUCAAGCCGGCCCAACAAGAUUGCGUGCUGGUAUCUUUGUUGAAAGAGAUGGGCGCAAUCAUUAUUGCAAAGUCCAAUCUGCCACAGAGUAUAAUGUGGUGUGAAACCGACAAUCCCUUGUGGGGCCUCACCGUUCAUCCGAAGAACCCCGACUUUACGUCUGGUGGCUCAACUGGCGGAGAGGCUGCGCUUUUGUCGCUCCAGGGCACUGUGGUCGGCUGGGGUACGGAUAUUGGAGGUAGCGUGCGGAUACCCUCUCACAUGAAUGGCCUGUACGCACUGAAGCCUAGUAGCACACGCCUGCCGUACCAAGGAGUAUCCGUGUCGACCGAUGGUCAAGAGCAUGUUCCAUCCGUAAUUGGGCCAAUGACACGGAACAUGAACUCGCUGACGGCAGUCACCAAAGCUGUCAUCGAUGCAACUCCUUGGGAACAAGAUCCAAAGUGCUGCCCAGUGCCGUGGCGGUCAGAAGCCUAUGAAGGUGCACGUUUGAAACCACUGGUGGUCGCUAUCAUGCGGGAUGAUGGGGUUGUGAAAUGCCAUCCACCUAUUGCCCGCGUACUAACUGAAGUCGCCAUGAAGCUUGAGAAAGCUGGACAUGAAGUGAUCGAGUGGGCUCCGGGUAGCCUUCAUCAAGAGUGUAUUGACAUCAUGGAUCAGUACUACACUGCAGACGGUGGCGAGGACAUUCGACGAGACGUUGCCACUGGCGGAGAACCAUUCAUUCCGCACGUAGAAGCUCUUGUCAACAAAGGCAAGGCGAUCUCGGUUUAUGAUUAUUGGCAGUUGAACAAGAUGAAGCUUGGAUUGCAGAAGCGCUACCUCGAUCUCUGGAACUCAACAAAGUCUGCCAGUUCUGGCAAAUCAAUCGACGUCCUUCUUACACCUGUCAUGCCUCAUUCUGCUGUCCCUCAUCGAAAAUGCAAGUGGGUCGGAUAUACAAAGGUGUUCAACUUCAUCGACUAUCCGGCUGUCGUCCUGCCUGCUGGUCAAGUUUCGAAAACCCUUGAUGGAGAAGCUGCGAGGAGGAUGAGCGAAUACGAGCCAAGGAAUGCAAUGGACGACUGGAAUUGGCAGACGUUUGAUUUGGAUGGCAUGGAUGGUAUGCCAAUAGGUGUGCAGGUUGUAGCUCGAAGACUGCAGGAGGAGAAGGCUCUGGGUGCGGCCGCAGCCAUCGACGACAUACUGAAGAAGCAGGCCUAG